AUGCGAAUGACAAUUCGUUCGCUAGAUGAGGAUUAGAGUAGGUUUAACAAACGUAAUGAUUUCAGUAAGAUUGAUGCGCUCCAGCAGGGCAUUAUUUCGUGAAGUUAAUGCGUUACCACAAUAUUCUAUUAAACUAAUGGAAAACCUUUCAGAUGAAUGGUGAUUCUUUCCGGCUGAAAAAUGAGAGUGAGCCUGGUUCUGCUGUGUGUGAUUCUUUUCUGGGGAGACUCUCUCAGCGAAGAGUGUGUGCGUCAGCUCCAGGAGGACGUGGACUUCCCAGGCAGUGACAUCCUGCAGAUCUUCUCCCCAGAUGUGCACCACUGUCAGCUGGCCUGCACUAAGCACCACUCCUGUCUCUUUUUCACGUUUGUUCGACCUGAAUGGACCAGGGACAAGCGACAGUUCUACUGCUACCUGAAGUACACAGACUCUGGGAAACCUACCAAGGUUACCUCCCUAAGUAAAGUCACUUCUGGCUACUCACUGAAAUCCUGCAAAGACAUAAGCAGCCAAACUUGUCUUCCAUCUGUCUAUAAGGAUGUGGACUUCCCAGGCAGUGACAUCGAGCAGAUCCUCUCUCCAGAUGUGGAGCACUGUCAGCUGGCCUGCACUCAGCACCACUCCUGUCUCUUUUUCACAUUUCUUCACCCCGAAUGGACCAGGGACAAGCGACAGUUCUACUGCUACCUGAAGCUCACAGACUCUGGGCGACCUACCAAGAUUACCUCCUUGAGUGAAGUGACAUCUGGCUUCUCGCUGAGAUCCUGCAACAACACAAGCAGUCAAACUUGUCUGUCGACUGUCUAUAAGGAUGUGGACUUCCCAGGCAGUGACAUCCAGCAGAUCCUCUCUCCAGAUGUGGAGCACUGUCAGCUGGCCUGCACUCAGCACCCCUCCUGUCUCUUUUUCACAUUUGUUCGACCGGAAUGGACCAGAGACAAGCGACAGUUCUACUGCUACCUGAAGCACACAGCCUCUGGGAGACCUGCGAAGAUUACUUCCCUGAGUGAAGUCACUUCUGGCUACUCACUGAAAACCUGCCAAAACAGAAGCAGCCAAACUUGUCUGUCGACUGUCUAUAAGGAUGUGGACUUCCCAGGCAGUGACAUCCAGCAGAUCCUCUCUCCAGAUGUGGAGCACUGUCAGCUGGCCUGCACUCAGCACCCCUCCUGUCUCUUUUUCACAUUUCUUCGACCUGAAUGGACCAGAGACAAGCGACAGUUCUACUGCUACCUGAAGCGCACAGACUCUGGGAAGCCUACCAAGAUUACUUCCCUGAGUGAAGUCACUACUGGCUACUCACUGAAAACCUGCCAAGACAGAAGCACCCAAACUUGUCUGUCGACUGUCUACAAGGAUGUGGACUUCCCAGGCAGUGACAUCCAGCAGAUCCUCUCUCCAGAUGUGGAGCACUGUCAGCUGGCCUGCACUCAGCACCCCUCCUGUCUCUUUUUCACAUUUCUUCACCCUGAAUGGACCAGAGACAAGCGACAAUUCUACUGCUACCUGAAGCAGACAGACAAUGGGAGUCCAGCCAAGAUUAUCUCCCUAAGUGAAGUAACUUCUGGCUUCUCACUGAAAACCUGCAAAGACGGAAGCAGCCAAACUUGUCUGUCGACUGUCUAUAAGGAUGUGGACUUCCCAGGCAGUGACAUCCAGCAGAUCCUCUCUCCAGAUGUGGAGCACUGUCAGCUGGCCUGCACUCAGCACCCCUCCUGUCUCUUUUUCACAUUUGUUCGACCGGAAUGGACCAGAGACAAGCGACAGUUCUACUGCUACCUGAAGCACACAGCCUCUGGGAUACCUACCAAGAUUACCUCCCUGAGUGAAGUCACUUCCGGGUACUCACUGAAAUCCUGCAAAGACCAAAGCAGCCAAACUUGUCUGUCGACUGUCUAUAAGGAUGUGGACUUCCCAGGCAGUGACAUCCAUCAGAUCCUAUCUCCAGAUGUUCAUCACUGUCAGCUGGCCUGCACUCAGCACCCCUCCUGUCUCUUUUUCACGUUUGUUCGCCCCGAAUGGACCAGGGACAAGCGACAGUUCUUCUGCUACCUGAAGCGCACAGACACUGGGAUGCCUACCAAGAUUACCUCCCUGAGUGAAGUCACUUCCGGGUACUCACUGAAAAACUGCAACAACACAAGCAUCCAAACCUGUCUGCCGACUGUCUAUAAGGAUGUGGACUUCACUGGAGUCGAUUACGCAGCCCUGUUUACAGCGGACUACCAGGACUGUCAGGAAAGUUGCACCAAGGACCCAGGCUGCCAGUUCUUCACCUUUGUUGACCAAGACUACCCGACAUCUAAAUACAGAAACAAGUGCCAUCUGAAACACACAAGGGUUUUCCCCAGUCCACCAAGAGUCAACAGGUUAAACGGAGUGGCGAGUGGCUUCUCACACAGAUUCUGUACUGGCCCCAACACUGAUGGAAAAAAUUGCCAGUACAAGAUUCAGGCUGACAUGGAUUUUCCUGGAAAUGACUUUGAGCGGGUUCCAUCACCCUCACCUGAAUACUGCCACUUUUUAUGCACCAUCCACCCCCGCUGCACCUUCUAUUCAUACUCAAGGAGAGAGAUGCUUUGCCACUUAAAGCACAACAAAGAUGAACGGCCCUUCACUUCCAAGCAAGGAAUGAUGUCAGGAACUCCAACACGCUUCUGUGAGACCACAAAUGGUGACUGUGUGAAGACUCCAUAUGAAAACAUAGACUUUCUCGCGUCUGACAGACGCUUCGUCCUGCUGGAUGACCCGCAGGCCUGCCAGGAGACCUGCACUGCUGAUCCUGACUGCCAGUUCUACACCUACGUCUACACGUCAUUUCAGGGACCUACCCACAGGAGGAGAUGUUACCUGAAGCAGGUGAUUACAGUCCCCCUUCCUCCGACGGUGGUUGCCAUGCGGGGUGUGGUUUCUGGGUUCCACCAGAGGGGCUGCCAGAGUGGAGGAGAGAAGACCGGUGUGGUGGGGUAGCCCUGCUCCAGAGGGCCAGCGAGACUACUGCUGCUGCUGCUUGCAAUGUGGCAUUGGCUUUUCCAAUCUCCAUGACUUUCCAGUCAUAAACCAAUGUGCAAAAUAAAUUAAAUAAAGUAAACCAUGAAAAACCCUAA